AGGGAGAGAGAGGGGAAGAAAUAAAAGGAAUAAGAACCCCAAGCCUACAGUCUUCCAGCCGCAAAGCGAAGACACAGGAAUAACCAUGCCUGAGCCAGUCCCUGCAGCUAAACCGGAGGGGGGUGAUGCCCCCCCUGCAGAUGGAGAACCCGAGUCAACUGAACUCACUGGGCUUUUUGUGGAGAAGCCGCCAGAACAAGUGGUCGCCAUUGCAGGAACGGAUGUCACUUUCAUAGCCAGGGUCGACUCAACCACCCUUGCAAGGAAACCCACCAUGAAAUGGCUGAAGGGCAAGUGGCUGGAUCUUGCCAGCAAGGCUGGGAAACAUAUGCAGUUCAAAGAAACCUACGACAGAAAUACCAAGAUCUACACAUAUGAAAUGAAAAUUAUCAAAGUUGUCCCUGGUGAUGCUGGCGGCUACAGGUGUGAAGUGACAGCCAAAGACAAAUGUGACAGCACCACCUUUGAGAUCUCUGUUGAGGCUGCACACCAGGAGGAGAAGGAGGAUAUUUUGUCUGCCUUCAAGAGAGCGGAUGCUGGAGAGGAUGAGGGAGACCUGGAUUUCAGUGCUUUGCUGAAGGCCACCAAGAAGAGGAAGAAGCCUGAAGAAGAGAAGCCGCAAAUAGAUGUGUGGGAGUUGCUUAAAAAUGCCCAUCCGAGCGAGUACGAGAAAAUCGCCUUCGAGUAUGGCAUCACCGACCUGAGGGGCAUGCUGAAACGUCUGAAAAAGAUGACUGUUGAGCCCAAGCAUAGUGAGGCUUUCUUGAAGAAACUUGAAUCUUGCUACUCUGUGGAAAAAGGCAAGAAGAUUGUCCUGACAUGUGAGGUGGUUGAUCCCGACGUCCAGGUCAAAUGGUUGAAGAAUGGCCAGGAAAUCAAACCCUCAGCCAAGUAUAUCAUGGAGGCAAAUGGCAACAUUAGGACACUUACAAUCAAUAAGGCGUCCCUGGCUGAUGACGCUGCGUAUGAGUGUGUAGUUGGCGAGGACAAGUGUUUCACAGAAGUGUUUGUCAAAGAGCCCCCGGUGACCAUCACCAAACUGAUGGAUGACUAUCAUGUGGUGGUUGGAGAAAGAGUGGAAUUUGAGAUUGAGGUAUCAGAGGAGGGCGCCCACGUCAUGUGGUUCUUUGAGGAUCAAGAGCUUCAUAAAGAGAAAGACACAAAAUAUCGCUUCAAAAAGGAUGGAAAGAAGCACACACUUAUUAUCCAGGAGGCUACACUGGAGGACAUCGGAAUGUACCACGCAUGGACAAAUGGGGGUCACACCAAAGGAGAGCUGGAGGUGGAAGAAAAACAACUGGAGGUGCUGCAGGACAUUGCUGAUCUGACAGUCAAGGCAACAGACCAGGCUGUGUUCAAGUGCGAGGUGUCUGAUGACAAGGUUACAGGAAAGUGGUACAAAGAUGGAGUGGAGGUCUUGCCAAGCGACCGCAUUAAGAUGACUCACAUCGGAAGGUUUCACCGGCUGACAAUUGAUAAUGUGAAGCCAGAGGAUGCUGGAGACUACACAUUUGUUCCUGAUGGAUAUGCUCUGUCACUUUCUGCCAAACUCAACUUCUUGGAAAUCAAGAUUGACUAUGUGCCUAGACAAGAUCCUCCAAAGAUCCAUCUGGACACCACUGGAAACAUGGUCUCCCAAAACACCAUCAUUGUUGUGGCUGGUAAUAAGCUCCGUCUGGAUGUGGAGAUCACAGGAGAGCCAGCGCCCACCGUUGUUUGGUCAAAAGGAGACCAACCAGUUACAGAAGCAACUGGCCGUGUAAGGGUGGAGUCCAGGAAAGACCUCAGUUGCUUCGUCAUAGAGGGGGCAGAGAGAGAUGAUGAGGGCAACUACACUAUCUGUGUCACCAACCCAGCUGGAGAAGACAAGGCUGUGCUAUUUAUUAAGAUUGUGGAUGUGCCUGACCCUCCUGAGCAUGUGAAAUGCACCUCAGUUGGAGAAGACUGUGCCACAGUCAUUUGGGAGCCUCCUAAGUUUGACGGCGGAGCACCAAUUAAAGGUUAUCUCAUGGAGAGAAAAAAGAAAGGCUCUUCCAGAUGGACGAAACUCAACUUCGAUGUAUAUGAAUCGACUACCUAUGAGGCAAAGAGGAUGAUUGAGGGUGUUCUGUAUGAGAUGAGGGUGUUCGCUGUUAACAGCAUCGGCUUGUCUCCGCCAAGUCUCAGCUCCAAACCCUUCAUGCCUAUUGCCCCAACUAGUGAGCCAACACGUCUGACAGUGCAUGAUGUGACAGACAGCACCUGUGUCCUGAAGUGGCUCGCCCCAGAGAAGAUUGGAGCUGGUGGCCUUGAUGGUUACGUCAUUGAAUACUGCAAGGAAGGAGACACUGAGUGGGUGGUGGCGAACCAGGACCUGUGUGAGAAGCAGGGAUUUACGGUGCGUGGCCUUCCCGUGGGAGAGAAAAUCAACUUCAGGGUGGUGGCGGUGAACAUCGCUGGUCGCAGUCCUCCAGCUACACUGCAACAGCCCGUUACCAUCCGUGAGAUCAUGGAACAUCCUAAAAUCCGUCUUCCUCGUGAUCUGAGAACAAAGUACAUCAGAAAAGUUGGAGAGAAGAUCAACCUGACCAUCCCCUUCCAGGGUAAGCCACGCCCUGUUGCAACCUGGUACAAGGACGGUCAGCCCAUCGACCCCAAGAUGGUCAAUGUCCGUAACUCCAAUGUGGACAGCAUUCUCUUCAUCCGCUCGGCAGAGAGAGAGCACUCAGGCAAAUAUGAGCUGGUCCUGCAGAUUGAGAACAUGGAGGACAGGGCAACUAUUGAAAUCAGGAUUGUCGAAAAGCCUGGGCCUCCUGCGAGAGUCAAAGUGACAGAUGUCUGGGGCUUUAAUGCAGCGCUGGAGUGGGACCCCCCCACGGAUGAUGGAAACUGUGAGAUUACUGGGUACACCAUCCAGAAGGCAGACAUGAAAACCAAGGAAUGGUUCACUGUCUAUGAGCACAACAGACGAACAAACUGCACGGCUUCAGAUCUGAUCAUGGGCAACGAGUACAUGUUCCGUGUCUAUAGUGAAAACCUUUGUGGUCUGAGCGAGGAGCCACGCAACAGCAAGGAGACUGCUGUCAUUGCCAAGACAGGCCUGCAGUACAAACCAAACCCCUACAAGGAGAAGGACAUGAACUGUGUGCCCAAGUUUACUCAGCCCCUGGUUGACAGAUCUGUAGUGGCCGGUUACAGCACUGCCAUCAGCUGCUCCGUCAGGGGCUUCCCUAAGCCUAAGAUCGUCUGGAUGAAAAACAAAAUGAUCAUUGGUGGAGAUGCUAAGUACUUAAUACAGAACAACCAGGGAGUGCUGACCCUCAACAUUCGCAAGCCGAGCACCUUUGACGGGGGCAAGUACUCCUGCUUGGCUGUCAAUGAGCUGGGCCAGGACGAAGUGGAGUGCAAGUUAGAUGUCCGAGUUCCCGUACUGGAGGAGAAGAAGUGAAAAACCGAACAGCAACGAAUGUGAAAUGCUAUGAACCAAACAGUGAAAUAACAGUGAAUGUUGUAUUAGACUACAAAGUCAAAUAAAAUUCGAGGAAAUUCA